UUUGAAAAUACUUUUCACUUUUGAAAGAUAAAAAUACUUAUUUUAUUUUAUAGACUGACAAUUGAUAUUGUAAUAAUAAUAAUUCUAGUUUUUAUUAGAUCACAUAUUUAAAAUUUUAAAUGUCUAAAUUUUGAUUAUGGAAAGCAAUAAUUCAAAUGGUGGUGAUAAUAAUGAUUUAUUAUCACAAGAAUGUGCAAAACUUCGAAUAGCAGACAAAUUAACAAGUUGUGAUGAAGCACCACGUGAUGUAAAUCGUAAACGAACAAAUUACAUAGAUUACGAUGAAUAUUUUAUGGCGACAGCUUUUUUAAGUGCAAUGCGAAGUAAAGAUCCCGUUACUCAAGUUGGAGCGUGUAUUGUAAAUAAUGAUAAGAAGAUUGUUGGAAUUGGUUAUAAUGGUAUGCCCAAUGGUUGUAGUGAUGAUGAAUUUCCAUGGGCUAAAGAUUCUAGUGAUAUUUUAGAAACGAAAUUUGUAUAUGUAUGUCAUGCUGAAUUAAAUGCAAUUUUAAAUAAAAAUACAGCGGAUAUUAAAAAUUGUACUAUGUAUGUAGCUUUAUUUCCAUGUAAUGAGUGUGCUAAAGCGAUUAUUCAAUCUGGGAUCAAAGAAGUGGUUUAUAUGUCAGAUAAACACGCUCAUAAACCUAAAACAGUUGCUGCAAAAAGAAUGUUCAAUGCUGCUCAAGUUAAAUACAGACAAUAUACACCUAAAAGAAACGAAAUUUUAAUAAAUUUUAAUGAAAUUAAUUGGAAUCAAAAUCCACCUAGUCCAUCCAAACAAGGUUCAUAACGUUUAUAAGUGGAAGGUUUAUAAAUUUAAAUUUAACGAUACUGAGGUUCACAAUAACACAUGUAAAUGGAGGUGCACAGUAAAAAAAUUUAAUGAACCAAGGUGCUCAGUCAAAUUACAGAACUUUACCAAGACGCCUUUAUAGACCGAUUUAAUUAUGACUUUUUUAAUCUUGUAAAUAGUAAAAUAUACAAUCAAUAUAGGUUUUAUCGCGUGUA